CGUGGGAAAAUCUAAAACGUGAGAUUGAUGCGACGGUUGUCAUAAGCCCCAAGCAGUCUGCCUUUCCCGGGUUAAAGUCACGCAAUCCCGGUCCGGCAUAAACCCAUACCAACAACUCUGUAGCAGAGAUGUCUCUCCGCAUGGCAAUGGCUAAACUACUUAAAAAACUUCGCUUUUCUGCUUCCCACGCUUUCUCCUCCUCUACAGUUACCACUAAUUCAUUGCCCGUUUCAUUUUCCGGUAAAAGACUUUCUCACUGGUAUCAAACUGGAGAAUAUGGUUGGAGAGCAAAUCUUAGGGAUCCUUGUUUAUGGAUUGUUAUAUCUGGACAUGUAGUUGUGACUCUGGGGAUUAGUGCCAACACUGCGUUUGCAGAGGAUGUAACGUCCGAAACAUCUUCUGCAAAUAGCACCGGGGAUGACUUAACUGGAUUAAGAAAAAUUGAGGAUGGUUCUGUAGCAUCAAAUAUACAUACAGCAAAAUGGAGAGUCUUUACCGAUAAAGGAAGAGAGCUUUUCCUACAGGGAAAAUUAGAUGAUGCUGAAAGACUAUUCGUAGCUGCCAUACAAGAAGCUAAAGAAGGUUUUGGCGAGCAAGAUCCGCAUGUUGCGUCUGCAUGCAACAAUCUGGCAGAGUUGUACAGAGUAAAAAAGGCAUUCGACAAAGCAGAACCGUUGUAUUUGGAAGCUAUCAAGAUCUUAGAGGAAUCUUUUGGUCCUGAUGAUGUAAGGGUUGCGGUUGCUGUUCACAACCUAGGGCAGUUCUAUGUUGGACAGAGGAUGUUGGAAAAAGCUCGAGUUAGCUAUGAGCGCGCUUUGAAGAUAAAAAGGCGUGUUCUGGGAUAUGGCCAUUCAGAAUGUUCAGAUACAAUGUAUCAGAUCGGCAUGGUGUUGUAUCUUCAAGGAAAAGAAAGGGAUGCGGAGACCAUUAUUAAGGAAUCAAUAAGCAUGCUAGAGACCGGUGGUGAAGGGGAGUCAUUUGUAUGCAUUAGAAGACUUCGUUUCCUCUCACAGUUAUAUUUGAAAUCAAAUCGUCUCGAUGAAGCUGAGAUGAUCCAAAGAAAGAUCCUGAAUAUAAUGGAAUUAUCAAAGGGAUGGUAUUCCUUGGACACAGUUAUUGCAGCUGAAUCCUUGGCUCUAACCCUACAAAAAUCUUCCGAAACAAAACAAUCGAAAGAGCUUCUUGAAAGAUGUCUUGAUGUCCGGAAAGCUUUACUUCCUUGUGAUCAUAUUCAGAUUGGUGCAAAUCGACUUCAUCUAGCAAGAGUAGCAAUGCUUGAUUGUAGCCAAUACAAAGAAUCUGAUGUUUCUAGAGCUAAAGCUGAGCUUGUUAUGGCAAAGGAUCAUUUGCAUAAUUCCAUAAGGAUUGCGCGUCAAUGUUUAGAUAAAGUGUUGAAACAAAAAGACAAGUCGAAGAAAAACAGUGUGCGUGGAAAUUCUAGAAAGGAAUCCCAAGCAGCACUUGUCAUAUUGUUGCAAUCACUCAGUACUCUAGCAUCGGUGGAGUUGGCUAAGCAAGAAUUGCAGAAAAUUCAGGAAGGGGAUAUUAACCUCGAGGCUCAAGAAGCACUUCUUCAAUGCAUUGCUGCUUACAACGAGUUUGUUAUACAUAAGAAGUCCAUUGUUGAUUCUCCUGAAAUAAAGAAUGCAUAUCUUUCAUGUUUUAAGCAUGCUCAAACAUUGCUUGGCAAUAAACUUGAUGAGAGAGUAUCCAAAAGCUGAAUCAAACAUCAUGAAGACUAAAGAGUAGGACUUAUUUUUCCUUCUGUAGUUUUUGUGAAGAUUAAAUUUUUAGUCAAAAAAAGAAAUUAAUAAACCACGCGUGAUAAGGAGCACAAUUAUCUCGCUCUUGGCGACAGAAUCAGAAAGCGAUGUUCAUCUGACCAAGCUGAUAGCAAAUGUGGGAUUCUGUCAUAAACAUUCUUUCUGAUUAAUAUAAUCAAUUAAUCAUAUAAAACAUCUCACUAUGAAUUGUGUGAUUAUUAAUUACAUUACCUU